AUGAAAAUCACAAUUAUCACAGAAAAAGAUUAAGUUAAAGAAAUUGAUUUUGAUGCGACUGCAAAAAUAGAAGAUGUAAAAGUUGUAUUAGAAAUUGAAAAGAUUAUAAAUUAUUGCAAAACUACUGUCAGAAUAAUGAUAUGGUUCGUUUAUGUUAAAAAAGGACAGUUAUCUGAAAAUUUGGCAAACAUUUUCAAAAAUGUAACAAGUAAUAGUUAAAAUAGUUUCUAUUUAACUGAGGCUUAGAAAUAAUAAUUAGAAUCUGAUCCUUUCAAUCCAGAAAAUCAAAAAAAAAUAUAAGAAAUAAUAGAAUAACAAUAAAUUGAUUAAAACUUAGAAAUGGCAUAAGAAUACAUGCCUGAAGUAUUUGGAAAAAUAACUAUGCUAUAUAUUGAUAUUUGCAUUAAUGAUAGGCAAGUCUAAGCUUUUGUUGAUACAGGAGCUGAAAGUACAAUUAUUUCAAAAUAAUGUGCUGAAAGAUGCGGGAUAAUGAGACUAGUUGAUAAAAGAUUUUCUGGAAUUGCUUCAGGGGUUGGAACAGGAAAAAUUUUAGGAAGAAUUCAUAGUUAUCAUAUAUAAAUUUUAGAUUAAAAAAUUCCUUGUUCUUUUACUGUAAUUGAAACUAUUAAUCUUGACUUUUUAUUAGGCUUAGAUACUUUAAGAAGAUUUUAAUGUUUAGUUGAUUUAGGAAAAAAUUGUCUCACGUUUAGUUUACAAAAUAGAAAACUUGAUGUACCUUUCUUAUAUGAAGCUGAUAUUAAAAAAUCCGUUUCAAUGGAAUUAGAAAAGUAAUUAUUUGAAGAAGAAGAUAAACGAAACUAAUUAAAUAAUUAAAAUAAUAUUAAGAACUAAAAUUAAUAACAAAUACCAUAAUAGUAAUAAAAAUAUUAGCAAAUUUAAUAAUAACCUUAAAAAUAAUAAUAAUAAUAACAUUAACAAUAAUAAUAAUUUUCAUAAUUUCCUGAGGCUUCUAUUUAAUAAUUAAUAAAUAUAGGAGCUACUAGAUAAGAAGCAAUUAAAGCUUUAACCCUGGCUCACGGGAAUUUAGAAUAUGCGGCAUCUUAUAUAUACAAUUAAAAAUAUGGAUUUUAAGAAUGA